AUGAAUGUUCUUGAUUUAGCUGGUACGAAAGGUCCUUUGAGUUAUAGCUCCAGAUCACAUACACCUCAAGAUGAAGAGAAUGAUCAAGACCAUUAUGAAGAUGCUAGUGAUGAAUUACUCUCCACCUCCAAAAAGAGAAGUAAAUCAAGUCAUCAUCACGAUCAGCAUAAUAAUUCCACUUCCAACGGGUUGAAUAAAGACGAUAUAGAAGCAUAUUUCACCAAUUUGAUUGCAGAAUGUGACGAAUUGAUUGAACUUGUGGUCAAUGAUAAACCAUUAAAACAUACCUAUACAGAAUAUAGUCGGAAUGUGGAGUUAGUAUGUCGAAAAAGUUCCAAAGAACAAAGUAAACUAGUGACAAAGAUAUAUGCUGCUUUAGAUCAGAAAUAUAAAUCAAUUCAUAAUUCGAUCAUGUCUGACAUUAAAGAAUACAAAGAUAUGAAAAAAAAAUUCCCCUUAUCUUUGUUUGUCAUUAAAGUUAGUGAAUGGGAAAAGAUCUUGACUCAACUAAGUACGUUAUUCAUCUACUUGGAUCGUACUUAUCUUAUUUCUCAUACUCGAAAACGUCCUAUCAGACAAUAUGGUGCUGAUAUGCUUAUGGAUGAUGAAAUUUUGACUGGUCCUAGUAUCAAAGCUUUCUUUGAUAAGCUUGCAAACUACAGACGUGAUAGAACUAUAGAUACCACCACUUUAAUCGAAGCUGGGAUUUUGAUUCGAAGAUUUCUUAAUACUUAUGAUUUCGCCAGAGAAUACAACCAAGAAAUUACUAGAUUUUCAACUAUAAAACCAAUGAAUAGUUCGUAUUUACGAUAUAUUUUAACUGAAAUUGAAUUAGAAAUGAGAUUUAUAAAAGCUUGUGGGUUUGAUAAGUUUUUCCGAGAUCAAAUGUUUAAUAAAUUUCAACGGACAUGGAUAUUUCGAGAUUUUAAUUUGAUUGUGAAUCCUAAUUUUAAAGAUAUUUUACAAUCUCCUGAUCUUGAACAUGAAUUUAAUAUCUUAUUAGAUUAUAUCGAUGAAUGUAAUAAUGAUAAUAAUUAUCGAGAACAAAUGGCAUAUCAAUGGAAACGAUACUUGAUUAACCAAUUUGAUGAACUUUUGAAAUCGGGUGUGACAGAGAAGGAUAAAUCCCCUAUAAUCAAUCGAAUAAUAGAUGAUUAUAAUAGAUAUAAAACCAUGAUAAAAGUCAAGUUUAGGAAUUGGCCCCAGUUUGAAGCCAACUUGAAAAAUGCCUUAAAGGAGAACAUUAAUAAAAUAGAGUAUAAUCUUGUUAUAUUUUCCCAAUUAUCAAAAUACGUUGAUUCAUAUUUAAGAAACACUUAUAAUAACAAACCUCAAACCCAAUCAUUUGAAGUAUUCUACACUAAUGUGAUAAGUUUAUUCGAAUGUAUCAGGAAUAAAUUUGAAUUCUUAACGUUUUAUAAACUUGAUGUUUCAAAGAGAUUAUUGAUAUUUAAAGAAAUGGAUUUAAAAUAUGAACAAGAGUUAAUCAAAGGAUUUGGUGAACAAAUCGGAGAGAAUGAUGAUGUUAUUGGAAGUAUGAAGAAGAUGAUUAAUGAUGUGAUUAAAUCCCGAGAAAAGUUUAAUAAAAUCAUCGAAGAUAUUGAUUUUAGUUGUUUAGUAUUGGAGAAAACAAAAUGGCCCACUGUACCUCAAUCUCAUAAUACUCCUAUUAUGUUGAAUGCCAAAUUACAAACUAUUAUUGAUUCGAUUGAUACCGCUAAGAAAGAAGAUCAUAAACUUUUAGAUUGGAAUUAUUAUAAUUUCCAUCAAUUAUGGAUAAAGUAUAAUAUUGGAUCAGUUGUGAAGGAAUUAUAUGUUAAUUUAUUUCAGGCUAAUAUAUUACUUUUAUUCAAUGAUCAAGAUGGGUAUGAUAUUUCACACAUAUCACGCUUGACUAAGAUGUCACCGAAUCUUGUUAAGAGAGUAUUGAAUUCACUAAGUACUGAUAAGUCUAAGAUUUUAUUUCAAGACGGUACUCAAUAUAAAUUGAAUUUUGGAUUCAAUGAUAAAUCAACUAAAAUCAGAAUACCAUACGUUAGAGAAAGAGAGAUUUCCACUACAACUAAAGUCUCCGAGAACCAAACAACUAGUUCCAGAGAUACGAUUGAUAGUGAUGGAUUACAACUAGUUCAUGAAAUGAGACAAAAUGCUUAUAAGAGUCAAUUAGUAGGGAUCAUGAAACGAGAACGGAAAGUCAAAGUAGUGGAAUUGUUUAAUAUUGCCAUUGAAGCAUUAGAGAAGAAUGGACCUGUUGCUAUCUCUGAUUUGAAAACAUGUUUAGAAAGCUUGAUCUCUGGAGAAUAUAUCAAAAGAGUUGAUCAAGAUUAUGUGGAGUAUAUCCCCUAA